AUAUUAACACAAAGCAACACCUUCGGGUUUUUCCUCCCCUACCCUGGAUUUCUUCCCCACCCCUCUCUCUCUCUCAUCUCCAAAUCAAAACUAACACAAAUAUAUUGAAAAAUAAAACGAAAGAACCCUAAUUUCCUUCUUCUAAACUCUCCCUUUCUCUCUUUCCUUGUGACACCAGCCAACCAACCAACCCCCCGGAUAAAUGAUCAGGCUUCUGCUUUGCACUCCCGCUUGACGUUACGUUAGCCUUGAUAUAAUUCUCUCCUCUCCUUUUAUGACUCUACGCGAGAUUUUCCAUCGUUUUGAUCGCUUUCAUCUUGCAAUUUUGUUGCUUUCGUUUUGUUUGGAUGGUACCGUCUGUUCCAACGAAAUCUUCAGCUUGGGUAUCUUGUUUGCCUUUCUUCAUCAUCAUUUGUUGACUUUCUAUUGUUAUUCAUUGGUUUUACGGAGGUUCUGAUUUUACAGAAUCUGUAGGGUUUUCAAAUUUUCUUUCUUUAUGCCAUUGGCAGCUAAUGAAACAUAUUUCAAUUCCGAUUUAUCUUUUAGAACAGGUUGAAUUUCCUCCUACUUCUUAAAUCUAUACGCUUCUCUGAAUUUGCUGUGCUUUCUGACUAGUUUUUUUAUUAUUAUGAUUCUUAUCAUUUUGCCAGAGAAUUCAGAUUCUUCUCUGGGUUCUGUUUGCCAUUUAACACUGAAUCUAUGGUUAUUGAUGUUUUAGAGUGGUAGCGAUUGGAGCGGUUGGAUUAUCCAUGUAGAGAAUUACCUAUCAUUUGGUGUUUAAGAUUUUAAUAAAUUGGAAGAGGAAUGAUGGAGGCUAACAUUUGUGAUAUCAAUCACUUGGAUGCCGAUGUCCUUCUGCCUCCUCGGAAGCGCCUGCUGGCUGGAUUCAAGAAACAGGCUUCAAACGCCAAUGGUUCUUCAGAUCAGCCUACAGUUGCUUCUUCUUCUUCAUCUCUUCCUUCACCCUCACCCUCACCUUCACCUUCUACUUCUUCAAGCGAUGUUAAUACCCAUCUUAAUAAUUUAUUGAGUUCUCAUAUCAAUAACCCGAAUCUCUCUCCGGAGGAGAUUUUGGAGGCCUCGAGAGCAGCAGCAAUUGCUGCUGCUAAGGCUGCAGAGGCUGCUAGAGCUGCUGCAGAGGAGAAGGCUGCAAUUGCAGCUAAAGCUGUCGCUGCAGCUAAGAGUGCUUUGGACUUGGUAGCAGCGUUAUCUGAAGAAACAGUUAGUAAGGACAGAUACCUAAAAAAGAAUAAGCUCAAGAAGCAUGUUCCAGUUCAACUCUUAUACAAAAAACACCAACCAAUCGAGAAUAAUAGGACUGAUGAGGAGUUAGCCCAUAGACUGCACCGAGCAAUCAACAGUUCUCCAAGAAUCUUGAAGAAUUCACCAACUUCUGAAUGGAAAGGUCAUAGACAUAAAAGGCCUAAGAGCUUGCCAACUCUUGAGAAAACUAAGAUUUACAAUGGGGGUAUAGUAUUGGGAGGAAGCCCGUCUUCUGCAUGCAAUGGAGAUGCUGUAGCAGGCAAAAUUGACUCUGAGGACUCCAUCCAGGAGUCAGUUAAAGCAGAAGCAAAGGGAACCAAAUAUGAAAAAUCUGGGCAAUCGGAGUUGGAUAAUGGUGAAGCAGAAUCAAAUCAUUCAAAGGAAAAGGCUUGUGAAGAUGUGUAUUCCCCUGGUAAAAAGAGGGGAAGAGUUAAGCUAAAGAAGUUGCCCUUAAGCAUUUGUUCCUUUAGGGAUCGAGUGAAUCCCAAGGAAGAGAUGAUUACUAAGAGCUCUCCAUUGACGGAAAAGAACAUGGGUAAUCCGACUGCUGCUGUUAAGCCCUUGUUUUCUCUGGAGGCCUCCACUGAUGGUGUUAUUUCAAUUGAAGGUACACCUAUUUGGAAAUGCCAGGAUUACAAGGCCCCUGCAUGUAUCAAACAAAACAAAGUCAUGCAAUCAUAAUGUUCAAAUCCUGUUCUUAUAGCAGGUGGUUUCAAUGAUAGAAGUUAAUCUGAGGUAGGUUUCGUGAUUCUCUUUUUAUAGGAAUGACUUUACUUCAUUUAUCUUUUUGCUCAUCUCUGGUUUUGUAACGAAGUUGAAUUGACAGAAUGUAUAUUUGAAUGUUCAAUUGCUUGCCUCUACACUUUACUAAUAGUGCUUGCUGCAUAAAAUGAAGUUCAGAUAAAGAGGAAUGCAAUAAAUUUAGAUGGUUCCUUUUUAAUUUUUUGCUUAUUCAUCCUGCUUUCUGGGAUGAUGCUAGAUGUAUUAAAACUUUAAUGCUGUUGGUAUUGUUUCUUAGUAGCUGAUUCAUUACAGUUCUCCGUUA